AUGGAACCUUAGCAAUCUAUAGUAUAGGAAUUUCCAUCAGAUGAUAAGCAACAAUUCUUAGACAUUCAACUAAUCUUGGCGUUCUAACUUGUCCAUUACUGCUAUUUUGGCUUCCGAACUUACAAAAAAGAAUCAUCAUUUUUCAAUCAAAUAGGACCUACAAUGAUAUUAAAGACUUGUCUCAUAUUGUCAUUCUAUAUAGUAUUUAAGAAAAUUAAAUAUUCAUCUAAUGAGUUUAUAUUAGGCCAUUUGAUAAUUGGAAUAAUUUUUCAAAUUGCAGCAUUGUUUUAUGAAAAAUAGUUUGCUUAGGUUGUUUAUUAAUUCACAAUCUUGGUCCAAUAUUCAUAUUUUGUGUAAUAGAUGACAGAGGAAUCAAUUGGAUUUUUUUGUUAGGCAACUUAAUAUGCAUAGAGCUUAGCUUUUAUUUAUCAUUUAUUUUAGAUGUUUAAAAAUAAGAAUGGCACUACUUUGAGUCCAUUCUAAGUAAAAAUCCAUAUUUUAGAAUCAAUGCUCUAAAUUACAUUAAGUUUGACGAGUAAACACAAUAUCCUUUCAUAUGGACCUGGAGUUGUGUAUCUGCUAUCGUCAUUGUUCUGCUUAAGAGUACAGAAAGAAUUACUCUAAAUUUAAGACAAGAAGACAGUUGGAAAGCAGAAGUCUUAAUGA